GCUCUCUUUGCGUGGAUUAUGCAACCUGGCUCGACCUACGCUGCAAAGCAAAAACAAAACAACUAAUCUCGUGAUUGUCGCGCCGGCAGUGUCAGACUCAGACCAACCUAGGCACGUACUGUAGAGGCCAGCUUGCAACCGUCCGGAUUAACGUUCGCCGAGUGGGUUGCCCUUUUGGGGAGUCGGAAAGAACCAGAUCAGACUUCAGUCCCAUACCAGCCCGCCCCUAACUUCAGUCCACCUGCCUUCUAACAAUUCGCUCCCUGGCACACCGACGUGCGCGCUUUUAUCAUCAACACACCACUAUCUUUUGCAUCUCAUUGACUAUCCAUCAUAAAAAUGGCCAAGAAGGGAGGCAAAGGAAAGAAGGGAAAGAAGAGCGGCUCUACCGCUACUGCUGCUGCCGCGACCAACAAGGCCGCCGAGCCUGUGGCUGCUGCCGUUCCCGACACGUCCGUUGAAGAGAACGUCGCAAAGAGCGAAACCGAAGUUGAGCAAGCUCCUACAGAAACGGUUGAGGCGCCCACUUCCACCCCUGCUACCGCUGCCCCGGAGACCACCACCGAGACCGCUACUUCUGCGCCAGAAGCUCCACCGAUUGCUGCCGCCGCCACUGAGAACAAAGACGAGGUUCCAGUCCCCGCCGCAAAAGAUGCUCCGAUAGAGGAGGCGGUGGAAGCGGUACCGAAAACCGAGGCAAAGGAGGAUGAGCUGAAAGAGACUGCAGUCGCGCCGGAGACAACGGCUGAAGAACCAAAGGUGACGACUGAGACCGAGACUGAGACCGCGACUGCUCCGCUCACCAAUCCCGAAAUUGUCGCCGCGACCACUACCCUUCCCGAAAGACUUAAGGAGUCGGAGAGCCACGAGGAAACGAGUACCAAGAGACCCCUGGAGACUCCCAUCUUCACUGAGAAGGAGCAUAAGCCCGCGAAGAUUGCAAAAUUCGAAGAUGAAUCUGUGGCCGAACCCACAGCAGCCGAAACGCCCGUCCAAAGCGAGAACGUUGGCAAUGCAGCUGAAACUGACUUGCCGAACGAAGCAGGCAAGGUGCCGCCACAGAUGGUGCCUGGCCUUGGUGCGCACCCGGCCGAUAAGCCAUUGGCGGACUUCGAAACCCCUGGGCUUUCCGUCGUAAGCAGCAACGUCGUUAACAACAAGGAGGCUACUCCUGCGGUUGAGACCUCGGAGGAGCCUAAAGCUGUGGAGGCUAUUGCUACCUCCGAAGUUCCUACUGCUCAGAAAGAGACAAUUCCUUCAGACGCGAAGGCUCCUGAACCUGCCAAGAGUGAGAACGCACCGGCUGAGGAAAAGCCUCUGACCACCACUGCUACAACUACUGCUGUUGACUCUACCACUGAGAACGCCAAGGAGGAAGCGAAGGCUCUCCCCAAGACGGAUGAGCCUGCGGUCACUCAGCCCACAGCUGCAGCUGCGGCUGUAGGCGCCGGCACCUCGGAGGCACCCGCCACGUUAGAAGGGCCCAAGGAGACGCCAUCGGCCCAGAAGGAGCCGUCUGUAGUCGGCAAGACUACCGCUGAUGCCACAACAGGCCCUGCUGCUACUGUUGGUACUACUGCUCAGGAAGAAUCCAAGACAGUUCCCUCAGCCCAACAGGAGCCUGCAGUGUCCAAGCCCACAGCGGCCGCUGCAGCUGCAACCGCUGCGCCGACUGGGGAUGACAAGCAGAAGGUUGAGGAACCUUCCAAGUCCAAGCUGGAGACCCCUGAGGUGACUAAGCCCCCGGCUGCCGUCACACCACCGGAAAAGGCCCAUGCGGCACCCGUUGUCAGCGAAGCCACUGGGGCCACCUCUAGCGCUGCUGAUAAGCCGGCUGCUUCCAACCAGACUCAACCUGAGAAGCCUUCGGGACUCAGCGAGAGCGCAGCUGCGGCGCGUGCUGCGACCCAGAAAUCGCAACAGGCCAAGGCUGCCGAGUCACAAUCUGCUGAUAAAGCGCAAUCGGAUGGCGCCGCGCAGUCCGAAGAGGGCAAAACCACCACGGAGCAAACCGCUGCUGCUCAAUCGGAGACCUCCAAGGCCGACAAGCGAAAGAGCGGCUUCUUUGGUUGGCUCAAGCGCAAGGUUAAGGGAACCUGAGGAGCUACAACUAUCUAAUUCCUUUUCUCGAGUAUUCUUAUUCUGUUUUGGUUUGUUAUUUCAGAUUGCUCCAUCCACCCGGCUCGUCGAGUGGACGGUGUAUUGGGAGGGUGUUUGGCGGGAACUGGGAGGAUUCGAGCCCCGCAUUUGCUGAUACCCGAUUACGCCGCGAGGUGAAAGUGCUGCAACAAAAGAAAUAAUGGUGAUCAAGUCUAGACCGACUGUAUGAUAUGAUGGAUAAUGGCACUUGCUCCUGUUCGUUGGAUUAACGUUGUUGAGAGUCUUUACCUGUCUGUACUGGACUUUUCACUCUUUAAGAUAUCAAUGAUACGAGCUUGAUCUAUAUUACUAUUCCACCAA